CACCCUGAUUUGGGAGAAACCCGUCUCGAAUCCAAUUCCUGUGUGGAUUUGGAUUCGAAGAUUUCAAAAUUCUUUCUCGACACCGACGACAACGACAACACCAUUCUUCCAUCAAUCAUCAAUCGUGAUCUUUGAGAGAAGUACGAUUGCUCACAAAUUUUGACGCCUACCCUWUACUUCUCAUUCCACAGAACGUUUGCAUCGACCAUACUUGUAAAAAACACCCGAGAACGUCGCGUCAUUAUCUCUUGAGAGUAACCACUUCCUUUACCGCCAAAACAACCGCAAUGGUUUUCACCAAAAUUGCGAACCCCUUGGUGACGCGGUCGAUCAACAGCAAUCAUUUCCAUCGCCACAUUGCAUCUUUUUCUAGAACCUCUUCAGCAUGUUAUAUCUCCUUGCAUCAGAAAGAAUAUUGGUCGGGGUUGAGAAGGAUGUUCAUGAGUACAUCAUCUUUCCCGUCACGUUUGUUUUCUUCGGAGAGCGAUAGCAGGUCGCCCUUGGACGAACAAGAUCCGUCUGUGCUAAAGGCGAGAUUUAAGGAGCGCCUACGCGAAGAACGAAGAAAGUCCUUGAUGGGUGGAGGACAAGACAGAAUUGAUAGACAACACAGCAGGGGCUCACUGACAGCUCGAGAACGACUGGAAUUACUUUUCGACGAAGGAUCCUUCCAAGAGUUGGAUGCAUUCAAGACGCACAGAUGCAAAGAAUUUGGAAUGGACGACAACAAAACGCAAUUCCCUGGGGAUGGGGUGAUAACGGGACACGGAAGAGUAAACGGUCGCUACGUAUAUGCAUUUAGUCAAGGUUUGUGCUCAAGUUGUGAUGUCUUAUUUUGACCAUUCGCGUGUACCGUGAAUUGUCAGAAAAUGAGGAAUGACAUUCCUGGUUGGUUCAAACAAUAUCAACAAAUCAAUCCUUGUGAUUCACUGUACUCAUUUAGCAUGUUGCUACUCAAAUUAUUUCGUUCAACUCUACUUAACUAACUUGCAUGAUAUUGCCGGGCAAUCUUCUGGAUGCAGAUUUCACCGUUUUUGGUGGAAGCCUUAGUGAAACAAAUGCCGAAAAGAUAGGUUAGUGAAAUUUCCAUUAUAAUUUAUGUUCU